UGCUGUCGCUUCAUUCUAGACGCAACAGACGGACCACAGGGUGCGCGUACUGUAGUCCGGUUCAGUUCACGCAUAAAUUCCAAAGAAGCACAGCAUUUGGACAGUGUGUCACCAUUUCUAGUGGAUUGUUUUUUACCAAGUGGAGAGGACAUAUUUCUACAGCUUUCUUUUCAAGUGUUUUUAAAUGACAUUUUUAUGUGUCACAUACUUCACGGAAAAUUAGACGCGAAUAGUCAUCGUGAAACCCUCAGCGUCUUCCUAAUUAUAACACGAGCUCGCGGUCAGUAACUGUAUCUCGUGGGUCAAAGGCGCGCGCCAUGCAGACCCAGCCUCGCGCCCCGACUGGCCUCUGACAACUUCCCUGCGUCCCCCGGAGGAGAAGAAAAACGCACGAAAAUUCAUCUUUCCAAGGUUCCUGAGCAAUGCCUGUCCCUCCUCCUCCACCUCCCCCAGCUCCACCACCCCCACCUCCACCUCCUGCAGCUCAUGCACCUCCUGCACAAUCACGGACAGACCCUUCUAAAAUACAGCGUUCUGAGGGUGGAGGUCGCAGUGCGCUCCUGUCUGACAUUCAGAAGGGGACGAGGCUGAAAAAGGUCACACAGGUCAAUGACCGAAGCACACCAUUCCUUGACAAACCUAAAGUGAACAGUGUGGAUGACAGUGGAAGAAAUGUGUCUGCUGGAAACUCUACAAACACAGCAGGAUCUGCUCCAUCUGCAGUGGGUCCAACUCUGGGUGGACUAUUUGCUGGGGGAUUUCCUGUACUCAAACCAGUCGGACAAAGAGACAAGCAGCCACAUCACAACCCGGUGUCUCGCUCCGGCUCUACCGCCAGCCUGAAGCAGCCUCUCUGGAACCCUCCAUCACAGGGAGACGGUUUCAGAGGAUCCCCCCCUCCACCUCCUCCAUCAGUCCCUCCAUCCUCUCUCCCUGAUAGGUCAUUUGGGGUCUUCUACCCUCCACCACCUCCAUCCUCACUCUCUAACAGAUCAUCUGGAGUCUUCUUCCCUCCGCCCCCUUCUCCGGGGCCAUUAGAAAUGAAGGACAGUUCUUUAGGGCCUCCUCCCCCACCUCCUCCUCCUCUUCCUGCUUCGUUUGCAUGCAGUCACCCCUCCUCAGCACCGCCUCCGCUACCUCAGAAAGUACCUCCCAUGCCUUCACCCACAUACAGGCCCAGCGUACCACCUUUGCCACCGUCUUACCCCUGUACCGCCCCCAGUAGACGACCUCCUGCAGUGCCACGUUUUGCAGGUGCUCCACGGAUGGCUCCACCCCCUGCUCCCCCUGCUCGGUCUCCUAACACUGAACUCUCCAGUAGGAUCCCACCCCCUCCUCCUCUCCCACUGUCAGCUCCGCCCAGCUCAGUACGCAACGGACACCUGCACAGCUUAGAUGACUUUGAAUCGAAGUUUCACUUCCAUCCUAUUGAGGACUUCCCCCCUCCUGAAGAGUUCAGGCCCUUCCCACGUACCUACCCCAGCAAGGAGAACAGAGUCAACCCACAACCUCCUGCCAUGAGGACUCAUUUAAGAUGAAAUGGGACAAUAUGAAGUUUGGUGCUAACCUUUU